AGAGAGACAGCAGGCACUGUGGAUGAGAGCACAGAGAGAGACAGCAGGCACUGUGGAUGAGAGCACAGAGAGAGACAGCAGGCACUGUGGAUGAGAGCACAGAGAGAGAAGACACUGGAUGAAAGGAGGUACCUGCAGCGUGCUGGCUCAGCUCAGGAAUGUUCACCCUUUCGGAGGUUGCAUCACUUAAUGACAUACAACCCACAUACCGUAUUCUGAAACCAUGGUGGGAUGUAUUUAUGGAUUAUUUGGCGGUGGUCAUGUUGAUGGUUGCUAUAUUUGCUGGCACAAUGCAGCUGACCAAAGAUCAGGUUGUUUGUCUGCCAGUAUUGGAAUCUGCUGUAAAUACAAGGACUCCAAUGAGCCGAUCAAGUGAGAACAACCCACAAGUCACUUCAACGUUUGAAGAGACGACCAUUGUUGCCAAGGAAACUUUGCAAUCAACUCUUUCUCCUGUCACACAAGAGUUUAUAAAGAUUCCAUUAGUAAGACCUACAGGUUCUCAAAUCAAUCCAAGUGAAUCUUCAAAUCAUCAAUUGAAGAAAGAGGAAAGAGAUCCUGGAGGGAAAAAAACAAAUCUGGAUUAUCAACAAUACAUUUUCAUCAACCAAAUGUGUUACCAUGUGGCGCUUCCUUGGUACUCCAAGUAUUUUCCUUACCUUGCUCUGAUCCAUACAAUUAUAUUAAUGGUUAGUAGCAAUUUCUGGUUUAAGUAUCCAAAGACUUGCUCAAAAAUUGAACACUUUGUAUCGAUACUUGGCAAGUGCUUUGAAUCCCCAUGGACAACAAAAGCACUGUCCGAGACAGCAUGUGAGGAUUCUGAAGAGAAUAAACAGAGACUUACUGGUGCACAGUCCUUCCGUAAGCACCUCUCCAACAGCAGUGAAGAUGGAAGUCCAAGCCCAAGUACUCCAAUGAUCAGUAAGUCUGGACUUAAGUUCUCAGCUGACAAGCCUGUUGUUGAGUUUCCAAGUAUGACUAUUCUAGAUAAAAAGGAUGGCGAACAGGCAAAAGCCCUUUUUGAAAAGGUUAGAAAAUUCCGUACCCAUGUAGAAGACAGCGACUUGAUUUAUAAACUUUAUGUUGUCCAAACGGUUAUCAAGACUGUGAAGUUCAUUUUUAUUCUGUGCUACACCUUAACAUUUGUGACCGCCAUAAGCUUUAAACACAUCUGUAUUCCUAAAGUGGAACAUCUUACAGGUUAUCAGGAAUUUGAGUGCACACAUAAUAUGGCCUUUAUGUUGAAGAAGCUCCUAAUAAGUUAUAUUGCUCUGAUUUGUGUUUAUGGACUUGUUUGCUUGUAUACAUUGUUUUGGCUUUUCAGGAGGCCACUAAAAGAAUACUCAUUUGAAAAAGUGAGAGAGGAAAGCAGCUUCAGUGAUAUUCCUGAUGUAAAAAAUGACUUUGCAUUCCUUUUACACAUGGUUGACCAGUAUGAUCAGCUGUAUUCUAAGCGGUUUGGUGUAUUCUUGUCUGAGGUCAGUGAAAACAAAUUGCGAGAAAUUAGCUUGAAUCACGAAUGGACUUUUGAAAAACUGCGGCAGCAUAUCUCGCGAAAUGCUCAGGAUAAACAGGAACUGCAUCUAUUCAUGCUUUCUGGAGUUCCGGAUGCAGUUUUUGAACUUACUGACCUAGAAGUCCUAAGACUUGAGCUGAUUCCAGAAGCUAAAAUCCCAGCCAAAAUCUCUCAAAUGACUGCCCUUCAAGAGCUCCAUCUUUAUCACUGCCCAGCAAAGGUGGAACAAACCGCUUUUAGUUUUCUUAGAGACAACUUAAAGUGCCUUCAUGUGAAAUUUACUGAUGUAGCCGAAAUACCUGCAUGGGUCUACUUACUAAAGAAUCUACGUGAGUUAUACUUGAUGGGAAAUUUAAACUCUGAAAACAAUAAAAUGAUUGGGCUUGAAUCUUUGAGAGAGUUGCGACAUUUAAAGAUUCUUUAUGUAAAGAGCAACUUAUCCAAAAUUCCAUCUAACAUAACUGAUGUUGCUCCACAUUUAACCAAACUAGUCAUUCAUAAUGAUGGCACCAAACUUGUUGUACUGAAUAGCCUUAAGAAGAUGAUGAACAUUGCAGAACUAGAACUCUAUCAUUGUGAAUUGGAAAGAAUACCCCACGCUAUAUUCAGUCUCACCAACUUACAAGAAUUGGACCUGAAGUCAAACAGCAUACGUACCAUUGAAGAAGUCAUUAGUUUCCAACACUUGAAGAGAUUGACUUGCUUAAAGUUAUGGCACAAUAAAAUUGUGAACAUUCCUCAAUCCAUCUCACAGGUUAAGAACUUGGAAGCUCUUUAUUUAUCCAAUAAUAAACUUGAAGCCUUACCGGGGGCACUUUUCACUUUACUGAAAUUAAGGUAUUUGGAUGUCGGCCACAAUUAUAUCUCUAUGGUACCCCCUGAAAUUGGACUGCUACAAAACCUUCAGCACUUGUACAUCACUGGGAAUAAAGUGGAUACUUUGCCAAAGACCUUGUUCAAAUGUGUUAAAUUAAGAACUUUGUGCUUGGGACAGAACUGUAUAACUGCUGUGCCCGAAAAGAUUGGACAUCUUGUUCAACUCACUCAUCUGGAGUUAAAGGGAAAUUGUUUAGAUCGCCUUCCCUUUCAGAUCAUUCAAUGUCGCCUUCUUAAAAGAAAUGGACUGAUUGUGGAAGAUCAUCUGUUUGAUGGUUUGCCUUCUGAAGUGAAAGAAUCACUGGAACAAGAUAUCGCAUUUGCUAAUGGGAUAUAAAGAAAAUAUGUGCAGAGUUGAAAACCACAUUAACCAUUAUAGUAUUGUGUGAAAGGCCUAGAAAGGAAUUUUGAUCUUGGCUAACAAAUACAUUGCACUAUUUGGUUUUAUUCAAUAAGGGAAAUAUUUUUCCUCUCUAAAGGGGCACUGUAACUACUAUAGCAUACUGUAGUUCCUAUGGUUGAUAGAGUCUUUGGGUGGCAUUCCUUUGUCCUUUUGUGAAACCGUUUUGAAGAAUUUUGUCAAAAAUGAUGGAUUUUCCAGCACCCAAAUCAAAACCCCUCAGCCACAAACAAAUUCCACUUAUAUAUGAUCUGUCCAAAGCUUAGCUGCAUCUAGCACUCAUAGCUUAUUGUUGCCACAGAAGAAGGGAUAGAUUUGGUUAGACUUGUGCAAAAAUGUGGUUAGUUUGUAAACAAAUCGAUUCAUGCAAAUCAAUUUUUAUGUGGACAAAAACCAAUUUUGGCACAAUUCUAGAUUUGGACACAAUAUAUAAAUUAAAAAUUGACAUCUUGUAUGCGGUUGAGGAGCUGAACUUCAGGUGCUGGAAGGAAAAUAUACAUAUGUGUUGGCCUACACAAUACUGAAAAGAUGUUUGCUUAGUUUUUAUUUAAAAAAAUAAUAAUAAAAAAUGAUGCUUUUAAUAUAACCAAAAAUAUCUUCCAAAAAGGAAAAUGUGAAUUUAACCCUUGCCAUGACUUGCUCUUGCCACUUGUUUGUAAGUCAAUAAUAAUAAUUAUUAUAAAUAACCUUGGUAAAACUUCAGAUUCAUUAGUUCUUUUUUUUUAUUAUUUCUGUUCACACCGUCAACUAGUUUCUUCCAUCCACCAGGGCAAUUUGUCCUAAUCACAAAUACAUACCUGUGCUUGACGUAUCCAUAUUGUGUUUAGCCCAACAAUGUCAUGGGUGUAUAUUAUUUUUAUGUAAAAACAUAAAAGGAGUUUGGGAGGAUAUACAGGGAGUUACAUUUUCUAACAUUUCAUUCUAUGUGAAAGCUCAAAUAGAGAACGUGUCUUUCAUUUCAAUGAUCUUGGCUGUAGACUGCUAGAAACAGCCACUUGAUUUAAUAUGCUAUAUGCUGAUAUGCAAAGGCUUGGUCUCAAAAAGGUCUAAAGCAAAUCACAUUGCACUUAAGUUUGCAGCAUUAAUGCAGACAAAUUCUGCAGUAUUGGACAGUCUUUUGCUUUACAAUGCAUAAACAAAUAGUUGCAUUUCAAAUAAAGAUUUCUUAUCUUAAAGGGACACUAUAGCUUUAUGAAUGCAAACAUGUUAAUGUUUGUAUUCCUAAUGUUGUAGUGUUCUAUUUAUUAUUUAUUUAGACUCCGCUACCCCUUCACCCUGCAUGAAUUA